AUGAGCAAAGCAGCAGGAGCAGAAGAGAUUCUAGUUUUAUCUGACUCACAGCUAAUUGUCAGGCAAGUGAUGGGAGAAUACGAAGCAAAGGACGACGCCAUGAUAAAAUACUUGGAGAUCGUCCGCCAAGAAAUACAACCACUGACUAAUUUUGAGGUGCGACAUAUUCCCCGGGCAGAGAACAACAAAGCAGACGCCUUGUCCAAGUUGGCUAGCUCUGCGUCCCGCGACACCCCGCGGCAUGUAUUUUGGGAGGUAAAACAAACUAAAAGCAUUUAUGUUGCGAUUAUAGCUAUCCUAGAUCGGACAGCCACCUGGAUGGACGACAUAGUAAACUUCAAAAUGAAUGAGAUUCUCCCUGAAGAUCCCAAGCAGGCAGAAAGGCUGCAAAAGAAAUGCACCUGGUUCGAGAUGUGGAAUGGAACCUUAUACAAGAAAGCCUUCUCACGGCCUCUUCUCCGCUGUGUAACCCCAGAAAAGGGGCAUGAGGUUCUGGAAGAUCUGCAUCAAGGGUUAUGCAGCUCUCACAUAGGGGGGAGGGCCUUGGCAGAAAAAGCUCUAAGAACUGCGUAUUACUGGCCCACUCUCAAAGAAGACGCACUCAAUUUGGUUAAGCGAUGCGAUAAAUGUCAACGGUUUGCUCAUCUAGUUCGAUGGCCGGUUCAGAAGCUAACACCCAUUACAAGUCCCAUACCAUUUUCUAAAUGGGGGAUGGACUUACUAGGUCCUUACACAACGGCCCCAGGAGGAGUGCGUUAUGUGAUAGUAGCUGUUGAUUACUUCACUAAAUGGGUAGAAGCGGAAGCCCUGAAAAACACCAAGCCACAGGAUACGCCCAAGUUAGAAAACUGGUUAGCUGAUCAUGGUGUCACGGCAUGUUUCGCGUCAGUAGGCCGUCCUCAAGCAAAUAGACAGGUGGAGGAAUUCAACAAAAUCAUUUCUAAAGGGAUGAAAAAGAAGCUUGAUGAGGCUAAAGGCUUGUGGGCCGACGAGUUACCCAACGUCCUAUGGUCCAUAUGGACCACGACAAAAAACUCCACAGGAUAG